AUCGAGGCAGCGGUGCCCGUCCCUUGUGAAAUGCCGUCGGUCGUUGCUUCCGAACCCUUGAGACGCUCGAUUCGCGAGAAGUGGAGGAAGAUAUGGACGAAGAGGUCUCUGAUGGGAUUGCUUCUGGGGCAGUUCGUGUCUCUCCUCAUCACCUCCACCGGCUUCUCCUCCUCCGAACUCGUCAGAAGAGGUGUCAAUGCUCCGACGUCGCAGUCGUUCUUGAAUUACCUUCUGCUGGCAAUGUUUUACGGUGUUUUUGUCGUCCGCCGGCAGCGGCCGCUACAGAUAAAUUGGUACUACUAUCUGAUGCUUGCUGCUGUUGAUGUGGAAGCCAAUUUUAUUGUUGUCAAAUCCUACCAGUACACAUCUUUGACAAGCGUCAUGCUUCUGGACUGUUGGGCAAUUCCAUGUGUUAUACUUUUCACGUGGUUGUUCUUGAAGACAAAAUACGGAUUAAGGAAGUUUGUUGGUGUUGCUAUUUGUGUUGCUGGCCUUGUAAUGGUUGUGUUCUCUGAUGCUCAUGCUAAAGACCGUGCACAAGGAGGUCCCAACCCUUUGAAAGGUGAUUUGUUUAUCAUUGCUGGGUCUACUCUAUAUGCUGUUAGUAAUGUUGGUGAGGAAUUCAUUGUCAAGAAGGGAGAUAGAGUUGAGUUGAUGGCAAUGCUUGGAAUAUUCGGAGCAGUUAUUAGUGCUAUUCAAAUAAGCAUUCUCGAGCGCAACGAGCUUAAAGAUCUCAACUGGACAGCUGGUGUGGUGCUACCAUUUCUUGGAUAUGUCUUGGCUAUGUUCCUGUUUUACUCGACUGUCCCUAUCAUUCUUAAGAUAUGUGGAGCCACCUUGCUCAACCUUUCACUGCUGACCUCAGACAUGUGGGCUGUUCUAAUCCGCAUUUUUGCGUAUCACCAAAAGGUCGACUGGAUGUACUUCAUAGCUUUCGCAGGUGUUGCAGUUGGACUUGUGAUUUACUCAAUCAGAAGUAAGAAAGAAGUGGAAACUGCCCAGGUUGCAGUGGCUACCGACAAACAGGACAAGCGAGAGGAUGAAGAGGCUGCAAUGGGAAAUUUGACUCGAGGAUCCACUACUGUAGUCGAGAACCAAAGUUCCGGCGUCGUCAAUCAGCAGCCUUCUUCUGUUACAAUUUUGCCCAAGCAAGAUUCCUAUGUGGCGACAAGCCAUCAUGGAAAUUGAGACAACCACGAAGACCAUUUACCGUCGCACUUUUUCACCCACAAGAACAGAUAGAAGCAGCAGCUGCAGCAGCCAUCAUGAUUGUUCAAGUAGCCUCCAUGGAACACUUUAGUGCCCGUCGAGCAAUUUUGCAGGAUUGUCUGCUGUGUCAAGUUGUCAUCUGAUUGUCUAUAUAUAGUCAUGGUAAUUCUCCUAGAUUUGAUUAGGAAAACUUAUCCUGUAUUCACAAAUAUUUAUGAUAAUGGUAUGAAUAUAAGAUGAGUUUUUAUUGUGA